AUGCAUCUAGAAGCGAAUAAACUUGGUCAUACGAUCAAUGGAGGAGAUUGUGCGUCAGACGAACGCGCUAAGGCUGUAGCUUACUUGCACCGUCACCUCUUCCCAGCCAUGAAACAUGAGAAUAACGAAUUGUUAAUCAAAAAUCACGAGUCCCGUCCUUGUGGUUCAGCUCUGGUGCCCGAAGUAAAUAAGGCAUCGUAUUCUGGACAUGGACAUGAUCGUGGACAGAAGCGUAAACGUGGAGGCUAUAGGCAUAGAAAUGCCCAUAACCAUCUGUAUAACAAAAAUACGGAAGCGAAGCAAGAUAAGGGGAAGGGAUCGAUUUCAAAUCCUCAAAAGAAGUCUGAUAAUCCCCCCAAGAAUGGCCAGGGUUGCUACCGAUGUGGUUGUACAGACCAUUGGUAUAGAUCCUGCCGCGCUGAUCUCUGUGAGCCUCACAAGAAAAAGGAAGUAAACGUUGAGAUGAAUUUGGCAGAACGCAAUAUUUUCAUUGAAUCUCCAAAGUUAGAGGUUUCUGACUACCUACUCGAUUUUGAAGGAAAUGAAUACCAGUUUCCGUUUGACCAGUUUGCUGAUGAUUUUUUUAGUGUAGAUUAA